AUGUAUAGUUGGUUAGAAUAUAGUUUGAUAGUUGAUGCAGCGUUUUGCUUUCCGUGUCGUUGUUUUAAUGGAAAUGAAUCUAAUAUCGGUCAGACAGAAAAAGUGUUUACUAAAACAGGAUUUAAUAGUUGGUACAGGGCUUCUGAAAGAUUAAAAUCUCAUCAAAUAUCAAAAUAUCACAUAAACAAUUGGAAGAAUGUAAUUGCAGUAUGUUUUGACGGAGCAGCAACUAUGGCUGGUAAUAUUAACGGCGUACAAGCCAAAUGCAAGAAUAAAAAUAAAAAUAUUUUGCAUGUGCACUGUUAUGCACAUUGCUUAAAUUUAACUUUAAUGGAUGCUGUUUGUGCUAAUGCAAAGUAUAGUGAAGUAAAUAAAUGUGUCUUUGAUUUUCUUGGGACGGUACAAUUUAUUUAUUCUUUUAUUGAAGGGAGUCCAAUACGACAUGCAGUAUUUGAAAAAUUUGCCAAAUUAGAUGGCGCUAAAGUACAAACAUUAAAAUCAAUGUCUCAAACUAGGUGGGCUUGUCGCGCUGAUGCAGUGAAUGCAGUUAAAAACAAUUAUAAAGCAUUAUUAUGUACUUUAAAAGAAAUAAGUUCCAAAUGUUUAAUACCUGAAGCAAGAGCUAAAUGUCGUGGACUUCUAUAUCAACUUAAAACCUUUGAGUUUAUUUAUUGUUUAAAUUUAAUGCAACCAAUUUUACAAUUGAUACUAAAAGUAAGUUCAUCUUUACAAGCUUCAAACUUAGAACUUUUUACUGCUGUUUCACUUACACAUGCCUUAAGAUCUUCAUUAAACUCAAUAAGAAAAUCACCUCAAGAAAUUCAGUCUAUAUUUAUUAAUACAGAACAAAUGUGUAAAGAAAAUAAUAUUGAAAUACCAACUGUAAAAAAUAGAAAAGUUUCAAAAAAGAGAGAUGAUUUGCAGUGUUCUACAUCACAGCAUAUUUAUCUUACAAAGAGUGAAGAAAUGAAGGUAACUGUCGUUUUUCCAUUAUUAGAUGUGUUAUUAUCUGGAAUCGAUGAUAGAUUUAAACAAGAAACAUCUGAUUUAAUAACUGUGAUAGGACAAUUAAUUAAUUUAGAGUUGAAUUGCAACUCAUCUUGCAUAUACAUACUAAAAAAUUUGCUAAAUAUUCGAACACAAGAUCUUUUUGUAGAGAUUAAGCUUUUAAAAAGUCUUGAGGACACACCCAAAGGAACAUCAUCAGAUUAUGUAUAUAAGUGGCUUGAUUGGUUAGCAAUCGAAGGAAGAUCCGAUACUUUCAAGACAUUUUAUAACUGUCUAACAUAUUUUGUGUUUAUACCAGUGACCAGUUGUGGAUGCGAAAGAAGUUUUUCAAAAAUGUCAAUAGUAAAAACCAAAUUAAGAAGCACAAUGACACAAGAAAGGCUCAAUGCUUUAUUAUUUUUAUUUAUAGAACAAGAAUAUGUGAGUAAUAUCAAUAUUGAAAGUGUGAUUGAUGAUUUUCAAAAUGUUCCUACAAAAAGAAGACUCAUUCUUUGA